UUGCCCUGAAUUUUGGAUAUUUGAUUACAAAAGAGAAAUAAAAAUUUUCAAUAAAUUUUGCAUUAGAUUUUAUUGCAAAUCAUUACAAAUCCAUAUGCCAUGCGAUUAAAAUGAUCAAGAGAAUUGAAUGUCAUUAAAAUAUCGCAAUAUCUAUGCUGUUAUGAAAGGUAAAGAAUUAAUUAUUGUGUAUUAAUUUUUCAAACUCGCGCGCGGUAAGGCUGACAACGUCGCGCGGCAAACUUCACGCCACUCGCCGCGCUUUGUCAAUCUCCGCUGAUCUCCGCCGAUAAACGACACGCGACUUCCACAAAGCUGCAAAAAAAGGGAACAAAGCGCUUCGCGGUCGUCCUCCAAUUUGAUCAUCCGAGUUGAGAUCUCGUCCACAAUACGAUCCUCGUGUCGUGGCGGAGUCCUCGACUCCCGGGUGCAGUGUGGCGUGCGUGGCGUAUCUUGCCAACUAUUUCCGGCGGUACACGGCGCCGCUGACCGCGAGGUGACGUUUGCUAUUCGCCGAGGUGUGUUACUGCUGGUUACUGCCAGGACUGCGUACGAGGGGCGAGAGACGUGGAGAGACAUUCGAUUCGUGACACACGCACACGUCAGGCUGACGAAAUUCAGCAUUGAAUACACAAAGGCUACGCAGUUGGAGGCGUUUCGGUGUCCCGGGUCAGCGAGACAGCGGGAGAACUCGUCGUCCUCGGCUCUCCUUCGAGGUUCCGCGCGGUGUUCUCGCUUGCUUGCGUCUCUCCUUCCUCCAAGGAAAGAUGGGUCUCACGAUUAGCAGCCUGCUUACUCGGCUGUUCGGCAAGAAGCAGAUGCGGAUACUAAUGGUUGGUCUGGAUGCCGCCGGCAAGACCACCAUACUCUACAAGCUCAAGCUCGGUGAGAUCGUCACCACCAUACCCACGAUCGGCUUUAAUGUCGAGACGGUCGAGUACAGAAAUAUCUGUUUCACCGUGUGGGACGUGGGCGGCCAGGACAAGAUUCGGCCGCUCUGGAGGCAUUACUUCCAGAACACCCAGGGCCUCAUCUAUGUUGUCGAUAGCAACGACCGCGAGCGUAUUAGCGAGGCGGAACGUGAGCUCGCCAACAUGUUGAAGGAGGACGAGCUGCGGGACGCGGUACUACUGGUGUUCGCCAACAAGCAGGAUCUACCUAACGCUAUGUCCGCUGCCGAGCUCACCGACAAGCUGGGCCUAAACUCGCUGCGAGGACGUCACUGGUAUAUUCAGAGCACUUGUGCCACACAGGGACAUGGAUUGUAUGAGGGUCUGGACUGGCUGAGUAACGAGUUGGCCAAAAAGUGAUAGCGCCUCAUCGCAUCCAAUACUUUUAAGGACAACUCGUUUAUCGAAUAUGGAUGUGGAAGAUGGACGACCGGGGAGUCACUCGACAGUUUCUAUCUUUGUCAAAUUGUAUCGAUGUAACGUCUAUUAUGUACAGUUUAACAGUCGCCGUUCACAAUUGUUUACAGAAAUUGAUGCGAAAUACAAAUCAAGGACGCUAGGAGGAACGAUCUGAUGGCAAUCUUUGUCAUGUGGUCGACUUUGCAUGGAUUAUGCUUCAGGAAACUUGUUUUAUAUAGAAGGUACGAAAACAUUGAGACCUAACAGAUGGUCUUUGCGUCAUACACAUUUAUAAGAAUAUACAUAUAUAAAGGUUGUACAUAGUACUAAGUUCUUUCAUACUUACCUACUAUCACUUACCAAAUGAAUUUCUAAUUUGUUUUUUGAUGCAUCGAGUGACAAGGUACACCAUUUCAAUCGGUCGAUUUAACUAUGCAGAAAAUUUAUUUAUGAAUUGUCGCACAUGAACAAAUCAAUGGAUAUUACAAUUUAUUUUCUAUUUUGGUCUGUGUGAAAUUCAUGAAGAAUAAUGAUGUAUUAUGUGAUGUUACAUACAGGUCGUUUGCACUUUCCUGUUUUUCUAAAUAUAAGUAAUUUUUUGAGAAUAAUUGCUAGUUGCAUAAGGCUUACAAAUAAGUAAACGAUUAUUAACUUUAAUAUUGCGAAAGGAAAUAAAACUUAACUAGGUUCAUGAAACCAUGAGACUUUAAUAAAAAUAGACACUUAAAUUGUAA